UUGUUGUGCAACUUCAGGGCAAACACAGCGAACAUAACCCCCCGAUAAACGAGACAUUGUGGGGCGUGAGUGCUAAUUAAAAACUGUUGUCUAAUCCGUAAAGCCACGAAACUUCCUGCAUAUCCUGAACACAAGCCAACGAAAUGCCAAGUGACGAUGCCAUUUUUAUAGACCUUUUCUAAAGCAACCGAGAUACGAAUUGGAGAUAGCGAAAGCGAGGCGCCAGUGAAAGUGCCAUCCGCCCAAUCAAGACGGCCGGAUGAUGGCAGCCAGCGGUCGGAUUCGCAAGCGAAAGCAUAAAAGCCAUACAAGUGGCGACAUUCCCACUGCGACAACGACUACGACUACGACUAGUAUACCAAUAGCAACAACAAUGGCGCCUGCUAAAAUCGAGGAGACAAUGGAGGAAGCCGCCGCCCUCGCCGGGGAUUAUAAUAAUUUCACGCAUAAUUUCGUCGAUUUGCAGAACCUCUUGAGUUUCAAUGAAUUGAAUGGAAGUAGCAGCGGCAGCGGCAUCUCCUCGAGCGCAUCGAGUGCCAUUAAGCUGAGUAACGGCCCCAUUACGGACACUCUUCUGGGCACGGUUCUGACCACGGCCACAGCCACGGUGGCUCCGGCGGCCAGCUCCCUGAUAGCCACCUUGGCGGCCACCACGACGGCCUCGGCGAGGGGCAGACCUUUGGCCAUUGCCGAUGCCACCUCAUCCACCUACUACGCCAACUUGCUGAACCUGUCGCCGGCCACCACCAGUUUGAUCUCGGCGGCGGCGGCCACCAAGUCGUACAACGACAGCGCUUUGCGGUGGGAGCAGCUGGACGGGACGGUGGACUUCGGAUUCGAUCCCCUCUACCGCCACUCGCUGGCCAUGUCCAUGGUCUACUGCGUGGCCUACAUCGUGGUCUUCCUGGUGGGCCUCAUCGGGAACAGCUUCGUGAUCGCCGUCGUCCUGCGGGCUCCUCGCAUGCGUACGGUGACGAACUACUUCAUUGUGAAUCUGGCCAUUGCGGACAUCCUAGUCAUUGUCUUCUGCCUGCCAGCCACGCUGAUUGGCAACAUCUUUGUGCCCUGGAUGCUCGGAUGGCUGAUGUGCAAGUUUGUGCCCUACAUACAGGGUGUCUCCGUGGCAGCCUCGGUUUACAGCUUAAUUGCCGUUUCCCUGGACAGGUUCAUUGCCAUCUGGUGGCCCCUGAAGCAGAUGACAAAGAGACGUGCCCGCAUCAUGAUAAUUGGCAUAUGGGUAAUCGCCCUGGUGACCACCAUUCCGUGGCUGCUCUUCUUCGACCUGGUGCCCGCCGAGGAGGUCUUCUCGGAUGCCCUCGUUUCGGCCUACUCGCAGCCGCAGUUCCUCUGCCAGGAGGUCUGGCCCCCGGGCACCGAUGGCAACCUGUACUUCCUGCUGGCCAACCUGGUGGCCUGCUACCUGCUGCCCAUGUCGCUGAUAACUCUGUGCUACGUGCUCAUCUGGAUCAAGGUCUCCACGCGGUCGAUUCCCGGCGAGUCGAAGGACGCCCAAAUGGACCGGAUGCAGCAGAAGAGCAAGGUCAAGGUCAUAAAGAUGCUGGUGGCCGUGGUCAUCUUGUUUGUCCUGUCCUGGCUGCCGCUCUACGUCAUCUUCGCGCGGAUCAAGUUCGGCUCGGACAUCUCGCAGGAGGAGUUCGAGAUCCUCAAGAAGGUGAUGCCGGUGGCCCAGUGGCUGGGCUCCUCGAACAGCUGCAUCAACCCCAUCCUCUACUCGGUGAACAAGAAGUACCGCCGCGGGUUCGCCGCCAUCAUCAAGUCGCGCAGCUGCUGCGGACGCCUCAGGUACUACGACAACGUGGCCAUCGCCUCCAGCACGACCAGCACCCGGAAGUCGUCGCACUACCACCAGAACAGCUCGCGGAAGAGUCCGAGCAGCAAGGGCAACGCGGUGUCCUACAUCUACGAGCACAACUCGCUGCGGCGCCACAACAUGAUGCUCAAGCAGGACAGCAACCUGUCGCAGCAGAUGCUGCUCAAGCAGGACUCGCACGGCUCGCGCCAGUUCCUCAUCAAGCAGGAGAGCUCCUGCAGCGACGCCUCCGGGAUCCGGCGACCCCUCUGCCAGCAGGACAGCAACGGCUCCAAGGUCUCGCUGUCCAAGCAGGACUCGAUCGUGUCCUACAUGGAGGCGCGUCGGGCGGCGGGACAUGGGCUAAACGACACUCCCGCCGACAGGGACAGUGUCUCCAUGGACAUUGCCCGUCGUCCAGGAGCUACUCCAAGCUCCCUGCUGGACAAGCGGCAGAAGUUCGUGAAGCAGGACUCGGUGAUCUCGUUCGUGGACCAGCGACCGGAGCAACGACGACAUCAGCUGGUCAAGCAGGACUCGGUCAUCUCCUUCGCCGACCAGCGACGCGGUCUGCUCCACAAACAGGACUCGCUGAUGGCCAACCGGACGGGUGAUGCACCCACCCACCACGUCUCCAUUCUAAAGAAGACCGACUCGCAGCUCAGCUACGGCAGUUCCACGUCUCCGCGCAGGAAUGCGGAUCUCUACGAAUAGGCGACUCCUAAGUCUGGUGGGUCGAUUUUUGUUGAGCCAGCAAGG